GUUCGACUUGUACCCUUGUUCGAAAUUGGGAUGACGGGGUAAGAUGGGGGGUCAUUUUCUACGUAAUGUAGCGGUCAUGAACGAUAGGCCGAACCCCUAAUGAUACUCGAGCAUCAAUGAAGAAGGCUCCAAUAGAAUCUGAUGUAUGAUAUGCUUAAAGCUAAACCCAGGUAUAAAAGUGCAGUAGAUUCUGCCAUUAGUUUCUAUCAAUAGCCCUUCUACCACUCAGUACUCAGCACAAGCAACUAUUAGCACAAUGAUCCGCGACGGCCUAUACUCGAUCAAGAAUAUGUUUCAAGUCGACAGGUAUGUCGCCAUGGCGGGCGAGGACAAUGACUAUGAGGUCGUGGGCCAAGACGUCCCUGAUACCAUCAAGGUCCUGGUCGUAAACAAGGUUUUGGGUCUUGCGACUCUCUUUGAUCCUAUGCAACAGAAGUUUAUUUGGAUCGAUGAUGGGUCAAACAGGGUCGUAGGCAGGGACGUGCCUCAGGAGCUCCAGUUGUCCACAGAGGAUGGAGAAAACUAUGUGAUCCAUAAGCAAGACAUUGACAGCGUGUGUGUUCUCAACAAGAACGGAAAGGGGACCCCGAUCGUGACUGAGCCAGCUCCUCCCCCAGGCGUCGAGGGCUACAAGAGGAAGUACUGGAAGUUCUUGCCAAACUAAGUUAUUUCGGAAUGUAAUGAGACCUAGUUGCCGUUGCUUUAACUUGUACAUCAAAGAAUGCUUGUAUGAUUAGCCAAUAGUCGUCGUGACGUAUGGAAGACGGGACAAACAGAUGUCUUUCUCGGGCGGGCGUGUUUCCCAUUCCGGAAUCCGAUAAUUUCUGUGCAGCCCUUGUAUGCUGCUCAGCGACCGGAACGAACUAGCGGCAAGGAAAAACCCAUCAAGGACCCCACAUUCUGGACUCGUUUCGUCUUGUUCGUCUGCUGCGUAUCUACUCAACAUACCACC